AUGAGGGGUCGCAAUGAGAUUGCUAGCAUAGCCGCGUUGCCGGCAGCUGCAGCUGGGGUCAUAAACGCCUUUCCUCUUUGGGAAAAAGCCUGCGAUCACGUGAUCAAUGUUCAGCGUGGCAGCAGUUCAUACCCAGGGCCUUUCGCCAUUUACUACCCGUGGGCCUAUGUCUUGGCGGCGAACGCAGCCUUGUGCGGCACAGAGACAGACCAGGAGCCAAUACGGUCUAGGGAGUAUGUACAUACAUCAGCCUGGUCAUCUACUGACCACCACGCCUUUCCGCUUUAG